CAGGGCUGCUGAUCCCCUCCCAUCCGCCUCACACACCAUCCUGUCAAACAGAGGUUACGCCAGCUGGGAUUAGGCUAGCAAAAAUGUGAUUUUGUACAAAUCUUACAGCCAUUCAGGUGUUAGAGGCAGAGUGUGCGCUACUACUACGACAGCCAGUGAAGAAGAGGGGCCGUGUGCGCCGGAGCUGCUGCUGUGUUUUCAAGGUUUCCUGUGGAGGUUGUUGGACGGGACAGAGGAGCAUCGACUGAGUGUCCCCGGUUCGUUGCCAUACCUCCAUCCCAGAGAUGCUGCCCUGCCUGCGGAAAUCGCUGCGGCCCGCCCUCGCUCUGAGAGCCGGGGCUGGGUUAACCACAGCCGGACUCAGCAGCCACCAAACCCCCGGCGUAGCGUCACCGCCCCGGUUCUGUUCAGAGCCGCCCCUCUUCAUGCUGAUGCAGCGGUGUCACCUGGGCACACACCCGGAGCCCGUGGAGCCCCUCAACUCCCCCCGAGGAGCCAAGGAGUUUAUUUAUAGCCUUCAUCCGACUGAACGCACCUGUCUGCUGCGAGAACUGCACAGGUUCGAGUCCAUAGCUAUUGCUCAAGGGCAGCUGGAGAUUGCACCGCCCACUGCAGCACAGUUAAGAUAUGUUCUGCUGCACAACGCACUCCCUUUCGUUGGAUUUGGAUUCCUGGACAACUGCAUCAUGAUCCUCGCUGGCACACAGAUCGAGUUAUCUAUUGGAGUGAUCCUCGGUAUUUCAACUAUGGCAGCUGCUGCCCUUGGCAACCUGGUGUCUGAUCUGGCAGGACUAGGGCUGGCAGGUUACGUGGAGGCUUUGGCAUCUCGGCUGGGAAUGCAGAUUCCGGACUUAAGCCCGAAACAGGCUGACAUGUGGCAGACCAGAGUCAGCUGUCACUCGGGUAAAGCCAUCGGUGUUGGCAUUGGUUGUAUCCUGGGCAUGUUCCCUCUUCUGUUCUUCAAGGACGAUGACGAGAAGAAAAAGGCCAAGAAGGAGGCGAAGGAGAAAACAGAAACACCAGCUGCUCCAACAGAGAGCAGCCAAAACUGAAGCUAACCAUCUCACCUGAGACAAGUACUAUUUUCACUCCCUUAGAAUACUUUUAACUGAGACUGAUUUGGCACGUGUCUGGUAGACUGGAGCAUACAGUAUGGAAAUGUCACUGAACCUUCGAAGGUAUUCUGACCGAGAUUUUAGAUAUUAUCUGAUUGUAGACUUUGAAAUGAAGCACAGGGACCUGAAAGUCUCAUGAAGAAACAAGAGACGGCUGACUCACUGGACUGCUGCUACUCUACUCUAACUAUUGCACCGUAACCUCACUUCGUUUCAACUGACUGACAACGGCUGAAAGUGAUGUAUCUAAAACACUUUGCAGUGGCCACUGUCUCUCCUCUGCUCCCAGUCUGUACGUUAUACAUACAUAUAUAUCACACAUAUAGGUAAGUGAUGAUUUAAGGGCUCCCUGAAAUGUCACAACAAACUUUGCAGCCAAUGCAAGAAAAACAAUCUACAUUUUUAAAGAACAAAAUCUGCACACUUACUCACAUGGCAUUUUUAUGGUUUCUUUCCAUUGUCAUUAGUUCUUAUAGAUGUCAUUAAUGAAGACUGAAUGGAGAGGCAUGCUAACGGCUUGCUUCAUCAGUGUUUAACCCUGUUUAAAAACCUUGUUUCCUUAUCGUUUUUUUGCAUAGAAAGGUGAACGCAUGCCUGCAUUUUGAUGAUGUCAGAGUCUUAAAAGUCUUGCAAGCCUGCCUAACGUACACUCUAUGACAAGCAUUCAGUAUCUUUCAUUUUAAAAUGCACGCUGUUACAGUACAUUUGUUACACCUGCUAGCUGCCUCUUUUUUUUUUUUUUUGUUAUUUUUAUGUGGUUUUAAUUGAAUUAUUGACUGUUUGUGAUCAAGUUUGCUUUUGUAAAAAAAUACCCAAAGUAGUAAAAAUGUCUCCCAAGUGUACUGGAUGUAGCCAGCUAGGGGCAAAAAUCAACCUCAGUGUGUUGCUUUCCAAGAAUUGAGCAGUGAGGGAGAGAUCCAUGUAGAGGCAGAGGGAGAAGGGACAGAGAGAGAGAGAGAGAGAAAAGAAAGAGGGGGACAGAAACAGAAAGAGAGAAUGAGAGACAAGCAGAGAAGAAAGAGAGGCACAGAAAAAGACACAAGAAAGAAAGAGAGAGAGAGAAAGUAUGGCAGCUCGGAAGCACUGUCACUAAACCAACGCCCUCUCUAGCUCCAAUUUGAUGUGAUCAUUCUCCUCUAGUCCUGCACAAACGAAGCUUCAGCUGAACUACAACACAUGCCUUCCUCAUGAGUAGUUAGAACCUGUAGAUUAGUCUGGAAAUACUCACAACCACGCACAAGAGAGGCAGAACUUAACCAGGUGCUGAAUAACAUUUUUGUUAGCAUACUUUCAAUUCUGUUCAAAAACCUAUUUCUGCAUUUUAAUACUUUCACACAGCUUAAUUACACAUUCCUAUUUAAACACUCUAUAUAAUAUCCUCUCUGCUCUACUGCCCUCUGCUGGCAGACAUUCAGAGAACUGUGGCAGCUUCUACCUUCUAAUUUAUUUUUGCCUAUUAACAUUCAAACCCCCUUGCUGCCUGGCUGCUAAUCUUCUUUAAUUCCUUAUUUGAUGAUUGUUCUUGAAAUCAUUUUUCUUCUGCAGCAUCUGCUAGC